AUGGGAGAACGGAUAGUACUGCUUAUUCUCAAAUUUCUGUUAUUGUUAUUUCGUAAGAGUGGUUGUAAUCAAACAGAUACCACAACGACAUUAUCGUUGGACGAUGCUACAACAGUAGUCGAUAAUUCCUCAGUCGAUGCUGAAUGGAAGGAAUAUAGCCAAGCAAGACAAAAACUAGAGUCCAAUCCAACAAACGGACUGUUGAGAUUAGUGUACGGGAAGCAUCCGUGGGAAGGAAAUCUACAGGUCUAUUACAAUCGAAAAUGGGGAGGUAUUUGUCACGAUCAUUUUGAUAAUGUUGCUGCACAAAUUGUUUGUCGCGAACUUGGAUUUGCCGGUAUCCAAAGAUAUACGCGUAAUUCGCAUUAUGGCGAUAUGAAAUUAUCAAUAUGGCUAGACGACGUGAGUUGUAAUGGUAACGAAAAAACGUUAACAAAUUGUACACAUAGACCAUGGGGCGAACAUGACUGUUCUCGACAUCAAGCUGUUGGUAUUGAAUGUCUGCCGGUGUUUAUAAAGAAAACAACAUUAGCAAUGGAAAACGGCAGCAAUAUUAGUACGACAGAACCAGAUAAAACUAAAAGAUUUGGUAUAUCUAAAGACGCUAUUCGUCUUCAAAAUGGACGGAUACCAAGCGAGGGCUAUGUUCAAGUGAAAUACGAAGGUGAAAAAGGACUUCUAUGCGGAAAUGGGUUCGGUAUGUUAGAGGCGAUGGUUGUAUGUCGAACUCUUGGAUUACAGUAUGCGCGUAAUCCACUUCAAGAUCCAUUAUUUGGUAGUACCACUGAAAAAGUUGUUGUAAGUGGUUUGCAAUGCACUGGAUACGAAGAGGAGCUGUCAAACUGUAUUAUUGACAACACAUUAUGGUGUCCUCAUCAUCAACGAAUUGCCGGUGUUAUGUGUACAGAUCAGUUGCCAGAUUUGUUUAUCGAUAUUGAUGUGUUAAAGCGUGAUUUUUAUCUAGAAGAUCGCUAUAUGUUCUAUAUGCAGUGUGCAAUGGAGGAAAAUUGUGCUGCACCCAGUGCAUUCGAAGUUCAAAAAACAGAUCCUGGAAUAUCACCAGGAUGCGUUGAUACCUAUUUUCAUGAUGUCGAUUGUCAAUGGAUUGAUAUAACAGAUUUGCAACCGGGAACAUAUCGUUUUCAAAUAUCAAUUAAUCCAGAUUAUAAAGUCGCUGAAAUAACCUAUGAAAAUAAUGUUGUUGCGUGCAGCCUGUUAUCCGGUUAUCCGUCGUAUAUGUUCAGCAAUGAUUACAUAAUGAAAGAACAUCAAAUACUCGAUUUAAAUAGAGCAGAAUAUUUUCGCAAUAUUCUAACCAUUGAAACAUAUUACAAUCAAAAAAUGGUUAGAAAUUUUCGUUUAAUAAGAGAUAAGGAAAAAUGGACGGCAUCACCGAUGAAAGUGAAUGCCUAUUAUAGUUUCAUACAAAACGAUGUUACAUUUCCAAUUGCUAUAUUACAAAAACCAAUUUAUUAUGAAUAUGUACCCAAUUUUAUCAAUUAUGCAUCACUUGGUAUGUUUCCUUCAGCGCUUGUAUGGUGAAAU